AUGGUUGGAAAGGAUUUGCCAAUGGACUUAAGGUACUUGCCGAUUGUUGCCCAGAAGGCUCCAGACAUACAAGAAAGGAAUUCAGGCACAUCCUUCGGUGGGGUCGAUGACAUCGACCACAUAAUCAUCCAUCCACCAAGCAGCGGCACCACCACAGACGGCGGCCUGGUGGACAACACCACUGAUACCAACGAACAUGUGGGACCCUACUUCGAUAAUACCACGAAGAGAGAAUACACUGCGGCCGUCGGACAACCAGCUUAUUUACAUUGCAGAGUGAAGAACUUAGCUGAUAGAGCGGUCUCAUGGAUCCGCAAACGAGAUCUACAUAUCUUGACAGUGGGCGUUCACACGUACAGCAGUGACGCGCGAUUUGCGGCGCUGCACACGGAUGGAUCUGAUAUUUGGACGCUAAGGGUAGCUCCGGCGCAGCCACGAGAUUCCGGUGCUUACGAGUGUCAAGUCUCAACGGAGCCCAAGAUUAGUUUGGCAUUUCGGCUCACUGUAGUAGUAUCAAAAGCUGAAAUCCUAUCGGGACCGGAGUUGUUUGUUCGAGCUGGCUCCGAUAUCAAUCUCACUUGCAUUGCGAGACACGCACCCGAUCCCCCAAGUUUCAUAUACUGGUAUCGCGGGAACAAUGUGGUGAACUACGCUCUUCGAGGCGGUAUUAGCGUGGAAACUGAACAAAGAACUCGUACCAGCCGACUUCUCAUCGCCAGAGCCUCACCAAGGGACUCUGGUAAUUACACUUGUGCCCCUAGUAGCUCUGAUUCAGCGUCUGUUGUGGUCCACGUGGUGAGCGGGGAAAGACCAGCCGCGAUGCAAAGUAUCGCCGUGAAGAUGGCUCCAUUACCCUCAUUUCUCCUUGUAGCUGCUCUCACUGUAGAUCAAAGUAGAGCAACUUUUGUUGCUAUACAAAAUAUACUAACAGGUCUCUUCAUGAGCUUUAAAUUAAAACUUAAAUUAAAUAUCCUUAGGUUUAUUACCAGAUGACCACCAUUCGUUGUUGAAAAUAAAUAAUUAGCAUGAAAUGCAUACAGUUUAAAAAUAGCCCUUAGAUUAAAUUUAACUGAAACGUAUAAAGAAACGAAUUACUGUAAUAAAAAUUUCUAGUGAAGUUUUUUUACGCUAAUAUCUGCAAAAAUCUGGAGGAUAAUGCUCUAGAAUCUUCUCAAUUAGUUACAAAUACAGGUAAAAAUCUUAAAUAAGAAGUAUCAAGUAGCGUCGAUGUCAUUUUUUGUACGUAGUAACUAAUCUAAAUUAUUGAAC